AUGAGUUCAAAAAUACACUCAGUUGAUGUGGAAAAAGAUGCUUUCUCAAAUGCUAUUCCUGAGAUUGAAAUUCUGAAGAGAAGAAAGAAAGAAGAAAUAGAGAAACAACAAGUUCUUGAAAUACAGGAACUUGAAAAAGCAAGCAAGAUUCUUGGAAAGCAGUGUCUGAGUGAGAUGAAUGAAGAAGUUCUGUUAAUUCUUCAUGCUCAGGCCAGACAACUACAGGAGGUGAUCAAGUUCAAACUUGGAAUCUCAAACACAGUUCAAAAAACCUUGAAAAUUCCUAGUACAAUCACUGACUCUUCAUCUUACUCUUCUUCUUCCUUUCUUCCUACUCCUUCUUCUUCUUUGAAUCAGAAGAAAACAUAUGCUCAAGCAGCUGAAUCUGCUGUCUCUAAACCUGCUGUCUCAAAACCUGCUCAAAAUCCUGAGAAAACUGAGAAGAAUACUGCUCAUGCCUCUAUUCAUAGAAAAGUGGAAAAGAAAAUGCAAAAAGAGAAAAACUUCCAAAUCUCUAGAAACAGAAGACUCAUUCUCAAAGUCUCAAACCAGGACAUUCUGCAAAGAAACAAGCUAAACUCAAAUCUCAUUUUCAGAAUCAGAAAUGAAAUUAAUCAGCAGUUCUUUUCUCAGUUGAUGACUGAUAUUGAAGUUCAAAAACCAGUUAUAGCUUCAAUUGAGCCAUCAUUCUUUGGAAACUCUAUUAUUCUGACUACAAUGCCUGAAUUCAGUGCUGAAUUCCUUAUUCAGAAUGAGAAUCUCUGGAAGUCAGCAGUAGAAUCAUUGCUAAACACAACAAUUCUAUCUGAAAGAGAUGAAAAGUGGGGCAAAUUCAUUCUUCAUGAUAUUCCAGUUGAAAUUUUUGACUGUGAAGAAGGAAUGCUACUUCUCAAAAAUGAAUUGAAAGAAUACAACUCCAUUCAACUGAGAAAGGAGCCUUCAAAGAUCUCUGAAGUAAGAGUAGCAGAGAUGCAAAAUGUGCAUUCUGUGCCAGAGAUCACAAAACUAGUGAGCAUAAAUGUGAAACAUGCUCAAAAAGAGGUGAAAUUUGUCAACAUACUCUGCUUAAGUGCUCUAAUUGCAAAGAAAAACAUGCAUCUAGCUCUAAAGAAUAACUGGAGAAAAGAUGAAGCUCAAAGUCAAUCUAGAACUGAAGAGAAGAGUCAAGCCAGUAAACUCACAACUGCAAGCUCAAAAAGAAGAAACUCUCAAUUAUCUAAGUCUUCAAACUCCAAUUCUCCAGCAAAAUGUAAACAGAAUUUGAAUCCUCAAACUCCUGUUAAGAUUAGAGAAUUGAGAAAUGACUCUGGUGAUAAACUAGAUAUAAUGCAAGCAGUUGAGAUUCCUACUUUUCAGAACAGUUAUAAUCUACUAUCUGAUGAUAGUGAUUAG